CAGGCUUCAUCCCGAACGCCAGCAUCAAUCCUAUCUUCUUCUCCCCUUGCUCCACCGCUCAGAGCACACUGCUCUGUCUCCGCCACGCAAUACAGAGAGGAGUGGCCUUCGCCGGCGACGAGGCUCCUCCCUGACCAGAUCCCGCCACAGUCGCGGCGGCAGGGGUCGAGGGAUCCGCGGAGGGGGCCAGGGAUUUAGCGUUCGCUACAGCCGAGCACCAGGUACUGCCGCGCUACGACUCAGCUCCUCGCCGACCGGAGCGAGGUGCCGUCGCGGUCCGAGGCCGAGCGCCGCCGCGAGCACCAGGCCGCCGCGCUCGGGGCGACGCUGCCCGCACCAUCCCUGCGAUGCGCCCACCUCCAACCCGGCGGCGAUGGCGAUGUCCGCGAGGCCCUGGGCGCGAGGGAGGCGUUGGCGACCAGCUGAAGCGGCGGCGCCGUCAUCCUACACCGGGAGGCGGGGCCUGGUGGCGCACGAGGCUGCGGGACGCGGAAGGGGGAGAAGCAAUGGAGGUACUGACGGGCGCGGUGUUGUUCGAGGAGGCGGGGCGCGGAGGGAGAGAGCAGUGGAGGUGCUGACGCUGACGCCGCGGCGCUUCAUGGAGGUCAACUAGGAGGUGGACGAGGCCUUGCGGCUCGUAGCCGACCUGCUCGCCGAUGCGCCAAUAGGGAUCUGCUCGCCGGCGGGGACGCCAUUUUCUUCUAGUGAUGUGCGGAUGGUGAACUGCUCACCGGGAUUGACCCCGAGCCCAGACCAAACGACGGCGUCUUCACGGGCGAUUGGAUCUGAGCUCUCGUCUCGGUUCAUCUGUGCUGCUGGCGUCAUGACGGCGUCAACAGAACGAACCACAUCAGGUGCACGGCGUCAGGGCACAAUGAUGAAUUUUACGGAGGAUGCUCCGGUAAAGAAAGGCUCUGUUCUCUUAACAAGGAUGGAAAGUAUAACGGCAUACAAAAACCAACGUGGACAACCCAAAUCUGGAACUCCAGAACAAUCUGACAUUCCAGUAUCUGCUAAUGACAUGUGUUCCCUUGCUGAAUGGCCAUCCCAUGCUCGCCGCAACCGUGCGCUACUACAGGAUGAAGCUGGUGGACAGAAGAAGAAAGGGCGAGGUCUUCUAAAAGGUUUUAAAGCAUCUAAGAAGCGUUUUGCCAAUGGAUCUGCAAAGCUAAAUAUUACAUUCUCUGAAAAAUUGGGUGGUACAGUAGGAAUGAACUAUCGUUCGUUCAAGGAUGACGUGGUAGUCAUAAUGAAAAGAAAGUUACCACUCAUUGGAGUGAGGACGUGGUCGGACAUUCACCCUACCAUUCAUCGACUCAUUGUUGCAGAUAUGAUAGACAGAUGGGACCUAGAAGAUACACCAGAAACAGAAGAAAAAGUUCUCAAAAUUGCGAAAGAGAGAUAUAGAGGCUGGCGAUCAACUCUAAGCUCCACUUACAAGGCAUACAAAACAGAUGCAGCUAGAUUGGCUAAUCUGCCAGAAGAUUUACAACUAGAAGAGUGGGAAUGGAUGAUUGAGUACUUUGGCACUGAUUCAAAAUUUCAGGAACGCAGCCAAAUGAACGCCGAUAACCGUAAGAAACAGAAGACAAAACACAUAAUGGGAUCAAAAUCUUACUCGAAAGUUAGUUUUGAGAAGAGAAACUUGGAAACUGGAGAAGAGCCAGAUUGUAUUGCUCUAUGGGAACUCACCCACACAAACGAUGGAACAUGGUCUAACACAGAUUCCCAGAAAGUUUACGACAAAGCACUUGAAGAGGUUAAAAACAAACAAGCUGAAACUGAAGGUCCACUUUCAAGUGAGCAGAAAAACAAUAUUUUCCAGACCGCAUGCAAAGACACUCUGGAAUGCAAGUCAUUGCAGCCUCGUGGGUACGGAUACAUGGCCAAAACUUCAACUAGUUCUGAAAAGUUCCGUAUCCAGAUUGAAGAGCAAGCUCGUGCUACAGCAGCCACCCAGGAGCGAAACUCUCAGCUCAGCCAGCAGGUCAAUGACUUAGAAGAUCAACUACAAGCUGAACGUGCUAACACACAAGAGAGGAUUAACUUAGAGCGUGCUGAGAGAGAACAACUUGAGGAGAGGUUAAAAGAAGAGCGUGCUGAAAGGGAAAGAUUGUUGCAAGAGGAGCGAACAUCAAGGCUGGAAUUGGAAAAAAACAUGAUGGCAAAGUUUGUAGAAUUGAGCAAACAGAUGGGAACCCAACAGGUGCCUACGAAGAGGAUUGACAAAGAAAAUAGUAAUCCAAACUUGCAAAAUAUUCUUUCAUAGACAUCUAGUCCUAAUAAGACUCCAGGUUCAAGGCUGACUGCUAUUUCUUCAAAUGCGCUCAUACAAGCUGCAACAAGGCAAUCUCGAAUGUUUAAAGCAAUGGUAAGUCACAACCUUGCUUUCUCUUCAUGUUCACCUGCAUUUUAUACGUCAUUGGUCUUCAUAAUUAGCUAGCUGCUUCUUCUCUUUUACCAUGUGUUGUUGCUGCAUCGAGUCACAACUUCAACAAAAAACGAAUAUGUGAUAGCUAGGGACAUGAACUUAACUGAAACUAUACAUCUAGUCAUAACUUAAAUCAAUAGCAGGAGCUUUUAGUAGAUGUAUGAUCGGAUGAUGGUACCAUUCUGUAUGCACGAGCAGGAUGUCAUGAUCAUGCGCGUGAUGCCUUCGCUGAUGAGUCC